AUGAUCAAGCCAUUGUACUCGAUUGAGAAGCAAAAACAGUUGCUCCAAGUAGUCCAAGCAGUGCACGAAGAGGCAGGUCGACCGAAGGUCAUCUCAAUCAAGACGCUGUUUCGAAUCCCCAGCAGCGACAAGUACCCCCUGGCACUGCAAGGCAUUCGGUUUCCAGUGUCUGAACUACGAAAGGAGAAGCGUGAAGGUCGACUGGAUCCUGACAUUGUGGCCGCGUUGGACGCCAUUGGGUUUGUGUGGAACGCGGACCAGUUCCAGUGGAGCCAAACCCAGUUGGCCUUGACCAAGUACAAGGAACUCCACGGCAACUUGCUCGUUCAAUCCCAUUUCAACGUCCCGAAGGAUGACCCGGUAUGGCCAACGGAGCUCUGGUCCAAGAAACUGGGUGUUGUAGUGGCUCGAAUUCGAGCGCACAAGACUACACUACCCCCAGAGAAGAAGCAGUGGUUGGACAGCACGGGAUUCGUCUGGGACGCUGCUGAACUGCAUUGGAAGUCGAAUCUGGCGGCACUGGAAACGUUCAAGGCCAUCCAUGACCACCUUUCGUGCCUUCGGAACUUGUCGUGCCAGCAGACGACCCGCAAUGGCCCGUCGAGAUGUGGGGACUCAAACUUGGGAAAUUGGCUCGAUGUGCUGAAUUCGCUUGGGUUUGUAUGGCUGGUGUAUGCCCGAGGCGUUGGCCAUAGCCCACCUGCCAACUUUUCGCUCAAGGAACAGCAGCAAAUAUUGCAAGUGGUCCAAGUCCAACGUUCCCAGCAGCGCCAUACAAAGUUUGUGUACUUGCCUAGUCAAUUCAGAGUCCCCGAUCAAGCCCCGUGGCCCCUACACUUGCAUAAGGUCAAACUGAACAUUUCAAAGUUCCGACGGGCAAACAUACAGGGCAAUGUGGAGCCAUCAGUUGUACAAGCCUUGGACGCCAUGCAUUUUGUAUGGAACGGGUUAGAGCACCAAUGGAGCCUGAAUAUGGAAGCGCUGGGUAUUUACAAAGCCCAGUAUCAAGACUUGCUCAUUCCAAAGCUGGGGAUGGUCGUGGAAAACUUGCGCGCUCGCAAGGCCAAACUGAUGCCACAGCGACGCCAAGCGUUGAAUGCGAUGGGGUUUGUGUGGAAUGCUAACGAAGCGCAGUGGCAAUUGAACUUGGCGGCGCUCGAGACCUUCAAACAAGUGCAUGGACAUGUGAAUGCCCUUCGAGAUUGUGUCGUGCCAUCUGGAGGCGGCUGGUGGCCAUCGCGGUUUUGGGGGUUGCCUUUGGGUUAUGUUGCCAAGUCCCUUCGGAAGCGUGUCCACAGAUUGUCCAACAAGCGACGACAUGCAUUAGACGAGUUGGGGUUUGUGUGGAAGCCAUUGGAGGACCAGUGGAACAACCGCAACCUCUUGGCGUUGAAGACGUUUAAACGUAUCUAUUGCCAUAUGAAGAUUCCAAUGAAGUUUAUUUAUACGGUAUCUCAGCCACCAACCUAG